AUGCUGUCUCACGCCGACCUCCUGGACGCCCGGCUCGUUGCGCCGGGCGGGGGCUCCGCGCGUCCCGGGGCCGGGCCGGGCCGGGCCGGGGCGGCCGGGGCGAGGCAGCGGCCGGAGGCGGCCGCCGGCUCGGCGCGCCGGAGCCCGGCUCUGGCGGGGACAAGCCGGCCUGAGCUGGAGGCCUCUGCCCGGCCGCAGCGGAGUGACUGCGGCUCCUUUGCCUCCGCAGGGAUGAAAGAUGCGGCCGAGCUGCUGGGACACCGGGAGGCGGUGAAGUGUCGGCUGGGCGUAGGGGGCUCGGACCCGGGGGGGCACCCGGGAGACAUGGCCCCCAACUCGGACACGGUGGAAGGGACCACCCUGCUGCCGGGGGAGGACAUCACCACGGUGGGAUCCAACCCCAGCUCCUUAGCGGUCAGCGCCAAAGACCCCGACAAGCAGCAAGGCCAGCAGGGCGGCCAGACGCCCGGCCAGGCCGGCCAGCAGCAGGGGCAGCAGAAGCAGAAGCGGCACCGCACCCGCUUCACGCCGGCGCAGCUCAACGAGCUGGAGAGGAGCUUCGCCAAGACCCACUACCCAGACAUCUUCAUGCGGGAGGAGCUGGCCUUGCGCAUCGGCCUCACCGAGUCCCGGGUGCAGGUCUGGUUCCAGAACCGCCGCGCCAAGUGGAAGAAGCGCAAGAAGACGACCAACGUCUUCCGCGCCCCGGGCACGCUGCUGCCCACGCCGGGGCUGCCGCAGUUCCCCUCGGCCGCCGCCGCCGCCGCCGCCGCCAUGGGCGACAGCCUCUGCUCCUUCCACGCCAACGACACGCGCUGGGCCGCCGCCGCCAUGCCGGGCGUGUCGCAGCUGCCGCUGCCGCCGGCGCUGGGCAGGCAGCAGGCCAUGGCGCAGUCGCUGUCCCAGUGCAGCCUGGCGGCGGGGCCGCCGCCCAACUCCAUGGGCCUCUCCAACAGCCUGGCGGGCUCCAACGGCGCCGGGCUGCAGUCGCACCUCUACCAGCCCGCUUUCCCCGGCAUGGUGCCCGCCUCUCUGCCCGGCCCCAGCAACGUGACGGGCUCUCCGCAGCUCUGCAGCUCCCCGGACAGCAGCGACGUGUGGCGGGGAACCAGCAUCGCCUCCCUCCGCCGCAAAGCACUAGAGCACACAGUCUCCAUGAGCUUCACCUAA